UAUUUAAACACAAAUAUUCUUAUUUUGCUCUCUCUUCUUCUAUAAUUAUUCUUGUAUUCUGGGUAUUUUAUCAAUGAAUUAUACAAUUAUUCCAUCAAAAUAAUAAUCAUCACGAUGUUUUUUCUAACUUCUGUAAAAAGUUCUGAACCAUUUCUGUAAUCUAUGUCGCACGCCCUUGAACACAAAAGAAUCGACACAGUCGUCUUCUCUAACUCUCGCUUUUGCCUGAGACCGCCGGAAAAGACAGCAGCAUAGUCAAAUAAUGGAGGCCAUUCUAAAGAGGUACUUUGGAUUCUCGGCGUUUAGGCCGUAUCAGAAAGAAGUCAUUCAAGGCAUUCUUCGUGGGAAGGAUUGCUUGGUGGUUAAGGGUACUGGAAGCGGGAAAUCCUUAUGUUAUCAGGUACCGCCUUUGGUAGUUGGAAAGACUGGCAUAGUUGUUAGCCCUCUUAUAUCAUUAAUGCAGGAUCAGGUAAUGGCUUUAAAACAAAGAGGGAUCAAGUCUGAGUACCUUGGAAGUAGUCAGACUGAUUACACAGUUCAAGACAAGGCAGAGAGGGGUCAAUAUAAUAUAUUGUUCAUGACACCAGAAAAGGCAUGCUCUGUAUCCAUGAGUUUUUGGUCAAAAUUAAAGAAGGAAGGAAUUUGUUUGUUUGCCGUUGAUGAAGCACACUGCAUUUCAGAGUGGGGGCAUGAUUUUAGGGUAGAAUACAAACAGCUGGACAAACUUCGCGAUGUUCUACCAGGUCUUCCAUUUGUUGCACUGACUGCCACUGCAACUGAAAAGGUUCGGAGUGACAUUAUUAAUUCUUUGAAGAUGAAAGACCCACAAGUUACCAUUGGUUCAUUCGAUCGAACAAAUCUUUUUUAUGGAGUCAGGUCUUUUGAUCGUGGUCCAUUAUUCAUGAAUAAGCUAGUGCUUGAUAUCUCUAAGUAUGUAGCCUCUGGUGGUUCAACUAUCAUUUACUGCACGACAAUUAAAGAUGUUGAGCAGAUAUCCAAGGCACUUGAAGAAGCAGGGAUUAGUGCUGGAAUUUAUCACGCUCAAAUGGACAAAGAAUCACGUGCAGAAUCCCACAGACUAUUUAUAAGGGAUGAAGUGCAAGUCAUGGUUGCCACUGUUGCUUUUGGUAUGGGUAUUGACAAACCAAAUGUAAGACAGGUGAUACAUUAUGGCUGCCCAAAGAGUCUAGAAUCUUAUUAUCAGGAAAGUGGGCGAUGUGGUAGAGAUGGUAUUGCUUCUGUUUGCUGGCUUUAUUACACGAGAAGUGAUUUUGCUAAAGCAAACUUCUAUUGUGGUGAAUCACUAACUGAAAACCAAAGAACAGCCAUUAUGGAAUCAUUGAUGGCUGCACAGCAGUAUUGUUCUAUCGCAACUUGCAGAAGAAACUUCUUGCUCAGUUAUUUUGGGGAAAAAUCUGAGUCUGAAAAAUGUGGAAAUUGUGAUAACUGCAUAGACUCACAAAAGGAGCGUGACAUGUCAAAAGAGGCAUUUCUUCUACUGGCCUGCAUCCAAUCUUGCUGGGGUACAUGGGGACUGAACAUGUAUGUGGAUAUUCUUCGUGGAUCUAGAGCAAAAAAGAUACUUAAUGCUCAGUUUGAUAUGCUUCCACUUCAUGGACUUGGAAGAGAAUACUCAUCAAAUUGGUGGAAAGCACUAGCUAGUCAAUUAAUUUUUAACGGCUAUUUGACAGAGAACAUACGCGAUGUUUACAGAACCAUAAGUAUCAGUGCAAAAGGGCAAAAAUUUCUCAAUUCUGUCAGACAGGACUGCCUACCACCUCUAUUUUUGCCGGUGACGAGUGAAAUGAUUGGUGAGAGAAAAUGACAGUGCAUUAAGUGAAGCUGGGAAAAUGGAAAUUUUGGGCACUUACUUUCAGAGGUUUGCAUGUUAAAUUUCAUGCCUUGUUUAUGUUUUCUAUUGGAUACACGUGGAAGGAUUGAGAUAGUUAUCUUCUGAAAAUAGCUAAGUUGCCCAUAAACUAUAUUACAUACUCAUGGGUUUAGUUAAUAGAAGUCUAUGUGGCAAUAAUUGUCAUUAUUUGUUA